UAGGCUGAGUUGAUCCCACGUGUGACGAUUCCAUUCCCGGCUCAGUAAUAUUCUCAUAGCGGGCUUUGCAUAGCUUUUCCCGUGUCUGUGUGUGUGUGUCUGUUACUGUAGUUACUGCCUAUAGUUUGGUUAGCUAUGGAAGGAGACGGGAGUCAAGCCACAUCUGGAAGCCCAAAUGAUUCACAACAUGACCCGGGUAAAAUGUUUAUCGGUGGCCUCAGCUGGCAAACCUCACCAGACAGCCUUAGAGACUAUUUUAGCAAAUUCGGAGAAAUAAGAGAAUGUAUGGUGAUGAGAGACCCCACGACAAAACGUUCCAGAGGAUUUGGGUUCGUUACGUUUGCAGAUGCUGCCAGUGUAGAUAAAGUCUUAGCUCAACCACACCACGAAUUAGACUCAAAGACGAUUGAUCCUAAGGUUGCCUUCCCCCGACGCGCUCAACCUAAGAUGGUCACAAGAACAAAGAAAAUAUUUGUGGGCGGAUUGUCAGCCAACACGGUAGUGGAAGAUGUGAAGCAGUAUUUUGAACAGUUUGGGAAGGUAGAAGACGCCAUGCUCAUGUUUGAUAAAACUACUAACAGACAUAGAGGAUUCGGCUUUGUAACUUUCGAGGGUGAAGACGUCGUAGAGAAAGUCUGUGAAAUUCAUUUUCAUGAAAUCAAUAAUAAAAUGGUAGAAUGUAAGAAGGCCCAGCCCAAGGAGGUGAUGUUCCCACCAGGCACGCGAGGGAGGGCCAGGGGCCUGCCCUACACCAUGGAUGCCUUCAUGCUGGGGAUGGGCAUGCUGAGUGAGUAUGGACCAACACUACUCCAGCAAAGUCCAGCACACUACUCAGUCCCACACGGUUACCCGAACAUUGUGGCGACGUACGGCCGUGGAUACACUGGAUUCGCCCCGAGCUACAGCUAUCAGUUCCCUGGCUUCCCGGCGACGGCGUACGGACCGGUGGCGGCGGCGGUGGCGGCGGCGCGUGGCUCAGGUAGGGGGGCCCGUGGAAGAGGCGGCUACAUGGCGUACCCACAGAACGCAGGGCCAGGCUUUCCCGAUUACGGGUUUUACUCUGCGCCCAGUGACCAGAGGGGGGCGCCCUGCUCCUUUGCGGACUAUGGCUCCCUGGGGCCCCAGGCGGCUCAGAUGCUGCACAGUGAGCAUGCCACCUCCGCCUGCAACUCCCCCCUCCAGCACCUGCACAGCCCGGAUCAGUUUAAGAGCCCAGGGGGAAACCCACCUCGGCCUGGAGGUUUCCCUGGUGCCAACAGCCCUGGGCCUGUAGCCGAACUGUACGGCCCUGGAGGCCAGGACUCCAAUGUGGGCAACUACAUCAGUGCUGCUAGCCCCCAGCCUGGCUCCGGCUUCGGCCACAGCAUGGCAGGCCCGUUGAUUGCGACAGCUUUUACAAAUGGAUACCAUUGAACAGGUGGUUGGUUGCCAUCUCAUUGGAGCAGAGUCUAUCUGGUGGUCCAGGGAAGACAGGCCGAAGCUUCUAAUUUGCUCUGAGUAUAGGUGAUGCCAUCCAACUUCAAGCACUACAGCAUCACCCAGGAGAAAUGAGAGGUGGAACCACAACAACAACAACAACAACAACAACAACAACAACAACAAAAAAGUUCAAAUCAUCUCAGAAAAAAAUUAACUGCUGUAUCAUAAUCCAAACCCGUAACCUGACAACCUGGUUUGGUAUGUUUCAUGUUGAUUUCAUUCACUUUUUUUCCUUUCUUUUAUUAGUUCUUUGAUUAGCUUCAGAGAGAGGUAUUUUAGUUAUUUUAGUUUCGCCUUAUUUGGGAUUUUGUCUUCUAGUGUACUCAUGUAAAUGGUUUUGUCUUCUAGUGUACUCAUGUAAAUGGUUUUGCUUCUCUCUUUGGGGGUCAUAGUUGAAUGUUCGCAAGUCAUGCCUACACCUUUGGUACCAAUCAUUUAAACAAAACGGAUCAGAGCUUCAGGUGUCUUUUUGCACACAAAAUAAAUCCAAAGUGGGAAGGUUUGGAAAAAAAAACAUCCAUUUAAUUUCAAAUGACAUAUUCGAGAGUGUAACUAACUAAUGCAUUUUAGUAGCUGUUUUUUUUUUGUUUUUUUGUGAUGUCUCAUUGUUAACCAUAAUGACCUAUUUUUUGGGCAAUACAAAGAGGACUCCAAUAUUUUUAUGGUCCUUUUUUAUAAAUGUUGUUUUUGUUGUUUAGAAAAAAACAUGUAUACUAUAAACAAUUUCAUAUAAAUACAUUGUGAAUUCAAGAUUUAAGAAAAAGAAAUGUAACUGUAAAUAUUAUUCCAAUCGUGCAUAACCAACUUGAUGAGAGGAUAGAAUAUUUUUGUGAUGGUGUGUCAAAGAAAUGUUCUAGCGUGUGAAUAGAAAAAAAGCUCUAAACAAAUACUAUUAUCCUUUACUGCUCGGAGACAGUGACUACCCCAGUGUCGGAGAGAACACUGAUGGCUUGCCCUGGAAAUAAUCAAGCUGAAUAACUUUACAAGUGUCAUACCAGCAUAUUUACAAAAGGUGAGUUCAGUGCACAGUUCAGUUCAGUUUUAAGGUGAGUUCAGUUUUAAAGGAACAAAAAGAUCAUUGGUAUCUUUUGUCUAACCAACUGUUAUUUAGAAAUCAAUAUUAUUUCAAAAAGAGUGAUCAUUUCAUCCAAAGCACACUGUAUUUAGUGUUGAAGAAUAGAACUCGAGCCUAAGCAUUUUACAGUGCUCUACGCAUCCUGACACUUUUAUACUCCGGAGAGAAAAACUCAACUUGUUUGUAGUUUGUUGUUGUUUGUUUCCUCCUGCUUGUUCCUGUUAAGUUUGGGACGCAGUAUCUGGACUCUGUGGUAGAGUCCGUGUAUAACACUUGUUCUCUCCAUCAGUUCUCUUUUCAAAUGAAUUAGGAAGGCAAAUAUUUUGAUACCAUACCUCAAUCCUGUGAGUUAUACCUUGGAAUUGUUGACAGGUUUAAUUUAUUUUAGUGGCAAAUAGAUUAAAACAUUGAAUGGAAAAAAAUGAUAAAUCAUUGCACUGUGAGCAGUAAAGAAAGAACAGGCCAUUUCCUAUUUGCACAUGUAUAUGUUGGCUAUUUAAAAUGGUUGUGUCUGGGUUGAAGUAUGAAGGAAUAUUGGACGUUGCUCCUCUCUAGAAUAGGCACACACAGGGGUGAAUAAACAGAUUGACAGAUCGCAAUUAACUGAUUAAUUACUACCAAUGUAUUGUGGUCAUGUCUUUGGAUUUCAUUUUAUGGUGUACGUCAACUUCUAAUCUAAAAUAUUGAGAUCCGGCCAGAAGACACUGAAUAAAUGAUUCAUCCUGUUAAUCAUAGCUUGAUGCGCAGAUUUCUUAUGCAGUACAUGUGUAGGGACAGGUUUUGCUCGAAUAUAGAGAGACAUUUAAUGACAUGCUUUAAAGUGCAGUAAGAGUUGUAAACAUGAUGAUGGAAUGAGUGGUGUCUAUUCUGAUGAUGUACUUUUCCUGCUGCAAAUGUAUUUGAUAUUUCAUUUCACCUGAUGUUUCAUUUCAUUAGCUCUUUUGUUCAGAACAACCAGGUGAAGGAAAAUACUGGAUGCUUUUGAACGAUGUGGAGAUAAACAAGUAAUAAUUUAAAUGAGAAAACAGAAGAGAACCGGUGUAAUCUUCAAAUGUAAAAGAAAAAAAGAAAUACAAAAAAAAAAAGAUGCUUCUUCACUGAUUUCAAUUUUGAGUCAGGGGGUUUUAUUGAUAUUGUGGUUACUAUUAAUAAUUGUAAUAUUAUAUUAAAAUGUACUGUGCAUCCAUCGAUUUCUCUCUUUCCAUUCCCUGUCACCACAUACAAUAUUUUGUUGAUCAUCCAUGCAUAUCAAGUGUGUACAAAAAAAAAAAAACACAAUGAACUUGUAACAGAGUGCUGUCUUUGAUACCAGUGUAGUGGUCUAUGCUCUUCUUUGUUGUUCUCUCUUUCUCUGCCUCCUUCCUCUGUCACAUUCUACCCCACCCACCACCCCCCUCUCUCUUACUCUCCUCUAUCUCCUUGUAAUUAGUUGUAGGUGUAAUGUGAUAGUACUUGUAGUUAUUAGUGGAUUUAGGACCAGUAAGGAUAGAACUUGCUCUUAUUAUCAAAGGUUUGACAUACAUUUGCAGGCAAUUAUUUGAAUAGCAGUUCCAUGCCAUGUUUCAUAUGUCUUUUUCCUUUUCUGUUGUGUUUUACCGAUCUCACAUGGUUUCAACUAACCAAAGCUCUCACAGAAGACCUAUAGAGAAACAAAUUGCUGUAAGAUAAAAAUUUUAAACAAGGCAUUAUUUGGAUAUUCUCCACCCUUGAAUGUUUUAAAAGGGGUGUGCCAUACUACCUUAAAUGCUAACGCUAGAUAUGCAAAACAUUUUUUUGUAUUACUUUCUAAGGGACACAAGCUAUAAUUAUGAAAAAGAUUUUAUGUGCGGAAAAAAACCAUAUAUAUUUUUUAAAGUUAACAUAUUAAUGAUGAUGAUGAUAACAAUAAUAAUACCACUACUAAACUGUAAUAUCUUUUAAUCUUUGUACACUUUGAAAAUAUCCCAGAUGUCUAUAAGGCUCUGCUAUUUUUAGAUACCACUUGGUUUUUUAAGUGUCUCUGCCUUUUCUUUCACUCCAAAAACAUCAAUUUUGUGAAUACUUUUUUUAGUCCCUGGAAAUCAGCGCUUUAUUCUAAUCAAAGACAGGCUUGUAUAUGUUCUCUGUUAAUGUUGCUCUCACAGAUCUAGACAGCUAUGCUUACUACUUCACAACGGUUGCAAAGAAUUUUAGGUCAUCUAACUUCUAGAGGGGAUCAUUUGAUACUUGGAGCAAAGAUUACACAGACUGAAUCGUCCUAAUGAUCGUUUCUUAACUAGUUCACCUGUUGUUGAAUGUCUUCAUACAGUAGUUCAGGUGGUUAGUAAAACUGUAAUGUGUAUAGCAAGGGGGAGGACAAUGUCAAGUUUAAUGAAGAUCAUUUACAGGUGGGGAAGUGCAUCUAAGCUUAGAUAUUCAUGUAUUUUCUCACUUAUAAUAAUAAGCAGCCCUUCUAGAUAGAUAUUUUGGCCUUGGAGCCUUUUGUCAAGGAUUUAGUUUAUUGUAGGACAGAGAAAGUCAAAUAUUGUAGAUGAAUUCAAUAAGACUAUUAUAGGAGUUGAUAAUAAAGUAAAUAUUGGAUGAAUUCAUAGAUUUACUGUCCAUAACAUGUUCACAAAGAAAUUAAAUGUGUGUGGCAGGAUGAAAAUCAACAGUCCAGGUCCUACAUACAGAUCUGUAGCAGUUUUUUUAAUAUAUAUUUUAUAUAUUUAACUAGGCAAGUCAGUUAAGAACUAAUUCUUAUUCACAAUGACAGCCUACACCAGCCAACGCUGGGCCAAUUAUGCGCCGCCCUAUGAGACUCCAAAUCACAGCUGGUUGUGAUACAGCCUGGAAUUGAACCAAGGUGUCUGUAGUGACACCUCAAGCACUGAGAUGCAGUGCCUUAGACCGCUGCGCCACUCGGGAGCAGUUGUAUUUAAUAGAUAUUCUAUACAGUACUCAUGAUAACAUUGCAAUGCCUUGAGGUACUUAUUCUAUAGUUAUCUCCUCCUCUGAUUAAAGUAAAGGCUGGUUAUCCCAUUAAGAAGCUCAUUUCCUUUUGAUCUGUGUUCAAAUAUUAUUUUGAUUUGAUCCCGUAGCUUGGACUUUAAGGUAGCAUGGCUCUGUUGCUGUCAUUUUCUUUGUCAUUGACAGCAGUUUACAGCUGAUGAAUGUUACACAUCUUAGUAGAAUAGAAAUUCCAUUGAAGUAAAAAAAAAUGUUGGUUUUAAGAAAAAAAAUUGGAAAGGACAAAAAUGACCUGGAAGGUGUUGAUAAUUGGAGUACUACCGUAUCCAUUUAAACUUGAAUUUUGAGGCAAGUGCUAGGCAAUGGCCAAUCAUUUCAUCCCAUCAUCCAUGAAUCACCCGUGUUCAUUAGUUUGUGUACAUACAGUACAUACAUGUUCUGUUAUGUGUACAUGUGUCUGACCUGUAUAUCCUUCAUGUGAACAUGUGUGACUAGAUGAGAAUAGUGGGCCUUCUGUAUUCUAGACACAGCAAAACCCUGUCUCACAUGGGUCUGUAUAACAUAGUAGCCAACACUGUUUUCAUCACUCGCUGUCAAAACAGUCAACGUUAUGGUAAGCUAGUGUGCUCUUUUGGCAUUGCAUUGUCUUCAAAAUUUUAACUGGAUCUUCUUCAGUGGUCUGGCAUAGGUAAUACAUUAAGGAUGACUGUAGCAAUGAGUGAGCCAUCCUCUAGUUUCUUUCGGAUAGUCUUAACGUGUGUGGAUCGGAGUGCACGGCUGCUACUCCAAUCUGUAGUAACGUAUGAGGAAAAGUGGGCAGUCUAUGACUGCACAGCAUAAUGAGGCUAUUGUCCUUCCACUUAAUAUCCAGUGUUUUCCAGAGUGGAGGAGCAGCCUUCCACUGAGCUCCCCACUGAUUUGCUGUCUGCUCCUGAUUUGCCUUUCCUAACACUUGCCCAUUUUUUGACGUUAACAGACUUUUUACGGCGAGAGACUGACAGAACUGACUGACGUCUGAAAGCAUCUUUCAGGUCUUCUUGUAUGGCUUGCUCAAGCCCUGUUGUAAAAUAAACUCAAAUGGAUGGGGGUCUCUCACAUCUCAGAUGUGGAAAGUAUAAUUUUAUAUUUGUAUUUUCAAAUAAUAAUAAUGAUGAACAAAAAAAAUUGUGAAAGGUUUCCAUCCUCUGUGGUCCAGAAAUCGAUGUGUCUGUCUGGAAAAUAAAAUAAAAUAAAAUGAACUGUU